GCAGCAGCACAAGAUGGGAGUGUUUUCGUUUCUAGUGCAACAUUAUUUUUUCUUAUUAUUUUCGCGCUAAAUAGUUGCAAUUAUUUAUCCAAAAAACACUUCCAAACGUGUGCGCAAUACAUUGCGUAUCGAAUUGCAAUAUUCGCUAUAGCGUAGCUGCGACGAAAGUGGGUGUAAACCGCAAACGAAAAUCUUUUUUGCUACAACAACGACCUCCAAAUACAAAGUGGGAAAAAUCGAACUUUGUAUACGCGUGUGUGUGUAUGUGCGUGUGUGAGUUUAAAUGAGUUUUGCUUAGGAAAAGAAAAGCAAAUGUGCAAAAAGCUGCCAAUAUAUAUAUGUAAAUGUAUAUAUGAGUGUAAAUCAAGUUGCAAUAAUGUGUAAAGUGCGCCUACGCAACAAGAAUCGAUAAUUCAAUAAACGACCAAGCAAAUAACAUCACUUCCUCCCCCCGCCCAUUGCACUGCCCAAGCUACUAAUCGGCUAGAAAAACAGCCAAAAUGGAGGAAGUGGAGGAGACAAGCGACAAUGGAUUCCCUUUGGGUUUCCCAGAUGUCGGCAACUGGAAUCGCACACACAAUGUGCCGCUGGAGAACAUGAAAAUCGAUGCACCCAUGAUAUGGCUGAUCUGCUCUUUGCUCACCACCAUCACCUGGGUCACCUACAACAACUUUUACAACUCCCGGCUCGUGGGCAUGCUCAUCACAAAGAUUGCGAAUCGUUGGUUUAUCAAGGGCGCCUACUUCAAGAUCGGUUCGGUAGCCCUCAAUCCGUUGGCUGGCAAGAUCAUGUUCCGGGAUUUUGUCUACAUUACCUUCGACUACACGAUGCGUGUGCAGGAUGGCUACUUUAUAUUCCGCUGGUGGCGCUCCUAUAUGCCCAAAGAUGUCUCAGAAGAUCUCUCGCACUCGGACACGCGUUUGUCGGUGCAGUUGAAUGGCUACGAACUGCACAUUUACAAUCGUUCAGAUCUUUAUGACAAACUGGAGAAGACCUUUGGCCUGGAGCCCUCGCUGCUCAUACCCAACGAUGUGCUGAGCACUGAGGAGCGCAAUAAACUGCGAGAGCACAACAUGAACAUGGAGAAUGCGAGGCAAAGUCAGCGAGUUAAUGCCGUGAAGAAUUCGGAGGCCAUGCAGGCGACAACAUGGCGUGAUUUGAUACCUGUGAUCAAGAUUGACAUAAGCUCGGGUCGUUUUGUCUUUGGCAAUCGCCUCACGCCAACCACACUCUCCAUUUCCAUGGAGGAGGCUCACUGCACCUACAGCACGAAGCCAGCUGUCUGUCAGCUGGAUCACUUUAUGCACUUUGUAAAGGCGCGAGUGGAGAAUGCCAAGGUGCUCUUCUGUCCCAGCCCCAAGUACACGGGACUGAUUGAUGAGCCACCACGUUAUAUGGGCGAAGGCUUUGUGGUCAUGAUGUCCAACCAAAUGGACCUGUAUUUCUACAUGGAUGAGCCGGGCGUGGUGCCCGAAGUCCCCGUUCAAAUCGUGCUGGCGAACGGAGAUGUUGUGGAGCCCUCGCCACCAGUGUGGGGCAUCAAUGCGCACUGCCUGAAGGGCACGGACUUUAGUUAUGGUCCUUGGGCGGACAGACAGCGUGAUCAUUUGUACAGAUACUUUUAUCCAUCCGACUGGAAGGAGGCCGAAGUGACGCCCACACCACAGCCGGGCGAGUUGCGCAGCUAUCAAUCGUUCGAUGUGACGCUCUGCGUGCUGAACGAGGCCACCAUCGAUAUAUUGUUCUCCAAGGAGAAGGAGACGAAUGCCAUGCACAUCAAUGUGGGACCCGCCUCGUAUGUGGAGGUGACAAUUCCCUGGGUAACGUUAGCCGAUGGCUAUACGUCCAAAAUCCAGGGUCAACUGUUCCAUGUGGAGGCGACGACAUCGCUGCAGUUUCGCAGUUUGGCAGAGUUCGAAUCGCUGGAGUACAAGGUGCGCAUACAUUAUCCAACCAAAUGGAAUGCACCGCAGGAUUGGAACAUUUCGCUCGCAGGCUGCAAGACGAGCGCGUUCAUUGUGUAUAAACACAAGUGCUUCUUCCAGGAUCUCAUCGAAGAUUGGGCGAACAAGGCGCGACCCGAUAUACUCAGCUUUGUGCCAUACACGUGCAAUUUUAAUAUACGACUGCAUGAGUUUGAGAUACUCAUGCUGUGCAAUGAAUACAAUUGGAUCGAUUGCAGCAGCGCCAAUCAGGAGAAUAAUCAUUUGGCCUUUUGUGGCGAUGUGUUUGAGAUGAGCUUUGCGCUGCCCUUCGAUGAUUUCCUGCCCAAGACUGUGACGCUCAAGUUCUGGAUCCAUGGCGAGGGUCUCGACUUGAGUCUGUACGUGCCCGAGGUCUCCUCGGUGCGUCCCAUUGUGCUAGCCAUAGACGAGAAUGCAAGACUGCUGACCCGCGAGGGCAAACUGAUACGACGUCCCGAGUUGUAUACGAAGAAGUGGCGCAAGAUUUGCCAGCGCAGCGCCGGCUGGAUCGAUUGCUGGGCGGUGCCCAUACUAGCGCUAUCCAUACAGUAUGUAUAUCAUCCGGUGCCGCCCUUGGGGCCUGAUCCACAGGCUGAUAUCACGACGCCCGAGAAGGAGGAAAUACUGCUCAGUCCGAUGCGCAUACCCAAGGUACGCAAGUCCCCAGUGAGCAAUAACUGGCAGCAAUCACUGCCUGAGCAGCACAUCAAGUUCGAUCCGGGUACGCUGCCAGCGGAUCAUGUGACCGUGGAGCUGGAGAUUGGCAGCUCGGUGCUGAUGGCCUAUGGCAAUGUGUUGCGCAACUUUAUCAGCCUCAAGGAGAACAUCUUUGGCGAGGAUCAGAGCUUUACGGACAUGGAGCAAUCAAAUGUGAAUCUGAAAGAACCCAACGCCACACCCAAUCCCAAGGAUCAGCUGCUGGCCAAGGAGAAAGAGUUGGCCAACAAAUCCAUAUCGGAAACAACAGCGCCCGAGGAGAAGCGCAAACCCUUCGAUCCGCGUCUUUAUCGACCGCUGGAGGUAAUGGUCUCCGUUAUUGUACACGACAUACAGGCACAUGUGAUGAAGAACUGCAAUCCGGAUGAUCCACCCUGCCCUGUGGUGCUCAUCGAACGCUUCGGCUUCGAGAUGAACAAGCGUUAUCAUGAGACAACGCUGCAGGUGCUUGUCAGUCCUUCGUAUCUGCUCACCUCAGAUACGUUGCAGCGACAGCGACGUGAUCAGCACAUCCAUCAGGGCCAUCUGAUGCUGUCAGCUGUUCAGGUGCGAGGUCACGCCAUGUUUAGUAAUGAAGGAUGUGCGCUCGAUGAGGAUACGUUGGAGUACUCGUGGCUAGUGGAAGUGCAGCUGGGCAAGCUGACGGGCAAAUUAACGCUGCCUCAGCUGGUGAAUGUGGUCACUGGCCUGGAGACACUCAUACUACUAGCCAUCGAUCCAGAGAACUGCCUAAAGUCACCGAAAACAGUGCGCAACUGCCAUCACGGAGUGCCCAGCAAUCUGUGUCCCCAAACCAAAGAAGAAAACAAAUACAAAUGCCCCUCAUCCGAGGACAUCAAGUACAAGAUGACGCGUGUCUCCGUGGAUGCGGUGGAUGUGUAUUUGAUUGAAAGUGGAACAGCGUUGCAUGCUUGGAUCUCGCCCAUUCGACUGGCCAACUGCAAUCUGCACGGACAACGCGUCAAGUCGGGCAUAUCGGGUCUGCUGCCCUCCAUAUUGCUGCGUCUCUUUAUGCUGCAUGCUGGCAAUGCGCCCAACAGCAGUUACAACACCAACACUACGGGCAGCAAUCGUUCUGGCAAGCUGCGUCGCGCUGAUCAGGAUUCACUGAAGUCACAGGAUGCGCCAAGCAGUUCUCACUAUGCACACAAGCCAACAAGCAAACGCAGCUCGAACUCGUUCUCACAGCGUCGCGAUUCACGUGAGGAAGGCGCUCGCAGUAAGUUGCGUGACAAUUGCCCCGAUCCUCAUGCCGCCAAGCGUACGCCAGAUGUGGCUGAGCUCAGCGAGAACUGGGUGGAAGUGGGCUGCACUUCUCUCGGUCCCAUACUGCUCGAAGGCGCCUCUGCGCUGCCCAUACCCGAUCACGAGCUGCAUCUCGUGCAGCACAAUUUUCUUCGCGAACACGACGCCAAGUUCAAGCGGUUGUGGUUCCUGUGGUCCAACAAUGGCAGCGCUCUCAGCUCAAGCACGGAAAUCUCUCGGUGUGGCUGCAUUGGUGGCUGCGCAUUCUUCGGCAGCAAUCGCAAUGGUCAAAAGUUCUUUAAGCCAACGGCGCAGGAUGUCAACGACAACUACAACAUUGCGCGCUACUUUAUUAUCAACAACAACAAGGACUUUGGCUUUGGCGAGAGCAUUCUGCAUCAGGGUCAGCUGGUCUUCCACACUCCGCCCUACAGUCUGCACUGCGUAUCGCUCUACGACUCGGUGGACUUUAAUGGCAAAGGCAAACUCUAUAGACCCGCUGUAGAGCUGCGCAAUGGCAGCCUAAAGAAAUCCGAACUCUGUGCCCUGCCUGAUGGUGCCAAGUUCAAGAUUGGCGGCGGAGUUAUAGAGAAACCAGAGUUGAGUAGCACCCGGAAUAAGUCGCGUGAAAGCAUUGGCUCGCCCAACACGCUUGAACGUCGCAGCAAGCGAUACACUUGCACUAGACAGACCUCUGUAGAGGUGCCUUAUGCACGCCUGUUGGACAGUCCUUCGAAGAAGUUGCAGCUGCAACAUGAUUCCGUUGAUGGUGGCAAUGCGAGCAGCCAUAGACGUGGCUCGGAUUCGCAUAGACUGCGCGUCUCGCCCCCCAAGACAAGCAUUUCGGACUCAAGACUGACGGGCGAGGUGGCCAUCGAUGAUGACCACGAGAUGCCCGAUGAAAUGUCGCACUCGGCACCGCAUUCGCAUCCGCUGGAAUUUGAAAUCGCGGACAUUGCGCUGCAUGCUGGCGAUCAGCUGCCUCGUGAGGUACAGCGCACCAUAUCGCUCACAUCAGAGAAUCCAUCAGAGAUGUUCUUCUCCGCAGAGGAGGACAUAUCGAAUGUGAUGUCACAGCGCGGUUCAAUGAAGCAGCGCAGCGGCAAUGGCUCCAUCAUAUUGUCGGGCAAGAAACGCUUCUCCUCAGACUUAAGCAUUGGUGCUCAGAACGAGAAUGGCAGCCACACGCUGCCCACAUAUCGCAGCGAUCUUGAGAUUCAUGCACCGGAGAGCAACAAAACGCUGCCAAAGCGGCCACAGAGCACCACAGAACUGGCGGAUUCGCGUGGUUCUUCCUCAGGCACACCAUCGUUGUCUUCCAACUCCUUCAUUUCGGCCAUGUCGUCGCAGGAAGAUGUGGCUUUGGUCAAUCUGCAUCAGCAGGUCAAUCGACCCAUCAUCGAUUCACCGCUGCUCAUGGCUAGCUACUUGAAUCACCUGUCGCAGGUGAAGUGCUUCAAUUGGAACGGUUGCUCGUUCCCGCUCGGUCCCGAUGUCUUCUCCACGCCACUCUUCCAUGAGAACGAGGAUGGUGGACUCACGUAUAUUGGCAGCAAAAUGUUGCCACACUUUGAUUUGUACUCGUGUUGGCGGGAGAUAAAAGUGGUGCCACGCUAUGAGAACAGCACGGGUAGCAACAGCUCGGCCACAUUUAUGGGUGGCCCCAAGUCGCAUCCCUGGGAUCCGAGUGUGCUGCUGAAGGAGGAGGAGUCGGAUAAGACCACAAAUGGCUUCGACGAUGGCGAAUUCAUGAGUCUGCAGGCAGAAGGCGGCGCCGCUUGCACCUCAGUGGUGGCCCGACUCAAGGGGCAGAUGAAUGUCUUCCUCACCCCGCUGCUUCUCGAGGGAUUGCAACGAAUGGUCGAGGCAGCCAUUCCGACCAUACAGUCGAUGCAUCUGCUCUCGGUGGUCAAUUUUAUACACGCCUCCUGCAUAGCCAAAGUGAAGAACGACAAUAUACUGAAGCGGGAUCAGAGUCUUAGCUAUUGGUCGCAAGUACACUCGAAUUCCAAGCGAUCGACGACUGAACGUCAUCUGCAAGGACCUGGCGAUUCCUUCUUGAGCGAUGUGUAUGAGGAGAGUAUUUCGACCAAGACCCAAGGACUGAUUGUGCUGCCCAAGGUGAGCAUCACCAUGCUGCAGUCAUCGAUUGUGGAGGAGAUUAUCUCUGUAGCAGCGCUGGACAAUGUGCAGGAUUUAAGCUGCGUGUCGUUGUUAACUUUCUACAUGGAGGGCAUCUCCACGAAGUUCCAUCUGGGCAAAACCACACGUGCUUCCAUGCACAACGUCUACAUCCAGCAGGCUGUGCAAUCUGGCAGCAGUCAUAAGAAGGGCGGCAUCAUGAAAGGCACAAGAGCGUUGCUAGCACAUCUCUCUUCGCAGACGCGACCCGACAAUGUUCAGGGUGAGCCUAUACUUAUUGAGACGUCAGAGAAGCAGCUGGAAGAACUUGUCAUCACACUGGACAUUGGACGUGCGCAUGCGCAGCUACGUCGCCUGAAGACCGAGGGCCAAUCGUGUGCCCCAGAAACGCCAGUGAUUGUGACUGCCAUUCCAGAGCACAAGAGCAAAGUGCUCUUCGAGUGCCUUAAGAUGCCCGAGAGCACGGGCAUCGAGAGCAUUGGCUACAUCAUGUUCGAGUGCGGUCUCGAAGGCGUGGGCAUGAAGAUCGUGAAGCGUUCGCACUUUGAAAAGUCGGAGAACAGCAAAGAGGAGCUGGCCGAGAUGACAGCUGGUGCUGAAGGAGUUACGGCAACUGGCGGUGGCUUCAAUCUCAACGAACUAGUUGUGGCAUCGGGUAAUACUAGCAAUGAAGCAGCUGCCACCUCAGCAGAUGGCACAGGCGCUACGUCGAAGGCUGAAGCUGCCUGGCGUUUGAUUACCAAGAAGCCACCAACACCCAAGACUCCCAAAGAGAAAUUCCAGCAUACUCCCGAAGCUACAGAUAGCUCUGCACCAGGUGCAGCGAAGCCACCACCCGAUGAGGAUGUGGAGAAGGGCGUAGGCUCCGGUGGACUUAAUUCUGGUGCCCAGAAGCCAAAUAGCGCUGGCAAAGAUGCCAAGGAUGGUUAUGACAAGGCGCUCUCGAAUGUUAAAGGCACUGACAAGACUUCUUCGUGUGUGAUUGAGUUGAAAUCGGUUUGGUUUAAUUUUGCUGCGCCUCCUUGUGUGCCCAUCACACGCAAGAUUGACUUGACGCGACUCGAUUGGAAUCUGCUGAGCACAGCGUCGCCUGCAAUCACGGCAUGGAUGAAUCCAAGCAAUCGUUUGGCCAUUAAAAUUGUGGCGUUGCUAAAGGCUUUGCACACGCGACAAACAGCAGUUGCAGCUUGCCUCAUGGCCGAUGCCAUGGAGAACGAGAAGAUCAAGCGCAAUCCAAAGAUUAAGAAGAGUCGCUAUGCGAACAACUACACGCUGCUAUCGAAGACACUGCAGGAGGAUCCCAGCUGUCAAUUGUGUUAUAUUAUGCAGAAGCUGGUGCUGGACGAAGGCGUGCAGCGCACCGAGCAGAUCUUCAAGCAUGGCGAGGUGCCGCACCUGAAUACGCUGCGACAGGGCAUCAUCGUGCUGAGUCGCCAGUGGAAGAAUACCUUGUACAAUCCCAUUCUGUUCGAGCAUCAGUACAAGAACAAGUUGGCCAGGCCCAUCAAUGUGACAUUCUCGUUCCCGCAGAACGAGGAGGAGUGCGAGGCGGAUGAGUGUGAAGGUGAUGUUGAAAUGGGCGCCUAUGCUGGCGUCGGCGAGCAUCCGGAAGAGAGUGAGAAUGCUUUAUUACUUGGGCAAACACAGCAUCAUCGAACUCACAUUGACAACUCCCAAUAUGGAGGCAUGUCCUAUGGCCAUGAAGCAGCUCAUCAAGGGCCCGCAUCGCAGCGUUCGACUUCGACAUCGCCCAAUAUACAUCACACACGUCGUGGUCUGAGCAAAGUGCACAGCAAAGCAUCGAAUUAUUCACAUGGCAAUUCAUCUCGUUCUAGCAUACAAAUGUUGCCCAUCAUCUCGAAUCUGGUGGAGAAGCAGAUGCCUGAGUUUGAAUAUGGCGCAUUACAAGAGGGCUCUUUGAGCUCAACGAACUCGGUGAACAAGUUUUGGCUGGGUGCUGAAAACCAUAAGGAAGACUUGUACUUCUGGAUGGCCAAGCAGCAGGACAACAACAAGAAGAAAGAUCAUUCUGCUGAAAAGGAACACGCUCGUCCUGUGCCACCCAAAAUGCCGGGACAGACGCAUACUCGCAGUGGCAUUAUGCAAGAUUCUAUUAAGCUGCUGGAUGCUCAUUUGAUCUUUGAGCCGCUGCUCACAUGCCUCGGCGUAAUGCCACAGCAAAUGAUUAACAAGUUCUCGAAUGCGGACAUCUCGUCGCUGGAAAACUUUGGCACAAAUCUAUCGCUCAUUGGCACCUUUGACUCGAUACGCGUGGACAUUGUGGUCAGCGAGGCGGGCGAUAAGAAGAACAACACGAAUACUAAGCCUGCCAAGCUGAACAAGAAAACCAAUGGAGGACGUGCAUCGAUUAUGAUGGAUACGCCACUGUUUCUGUGCGAACGCGUUGGCGUUGAGCUUGAGGUGCUGAAGAUGUCCGAUGGCAUGGUGGAUCAGGCGCGACAGAAUGUCAUCUACAUGUCGCGGCGUCAGCUGAAGAAACACACCAGCACUGUGGUCAACUUCAGUCUCAAUGUGCGCUUCAUUUCGCAGCAGGUGAAUAUGCCGCUGCUUCGACUGUUGCAUCAGAUUUGCAACAUGUAUCAGAAUGUGAAGGAUGCGCAGAACGAGUUCCACGAACAACCAGAGCUGAGCAAGAAGAGUCAGACCAAGGAUGAGUGCAGUUUGGCUUCAGAGCCAACAGAUUUGCUGCCCUUCGCCUCGGUGGCCGAACGUUUUGGACAUGGGGAAAGCUUCUCGGAUGAGCGUUACGACAAGUUCAACGAGACAAUGCCCACGAUGCCCACAACACGGGGUCGAGGCAGCGGCUUGGCGCCCAUAAUACAACUGACGCCUUCGCCUAAUGCCAAGAAUCGACCACAGAGCUUUGCACAAAAGCUGCGCUCCACGGGCAAAUCGGUCAAGGGCAAACUGGGCUAUACGAAUUUGAAUGAAUCGAGUUCGUCGCCCUUGCGUGACAGUCCCACACUCUCGCUGCAUGAUCAGAAUAUUCUUAAGAUGUCCACCGAGUCGAAGGCAUCGUUGAAUGGCGGCUGUGCUACCAGUGUGAGUGGUGACUACAACAAUACGUUGACCAAGUCGGGCAUGGCGCCAAUGCCGCCGCUGCUGGAGACACCCAACUGCUGGAAGACUAUCUAUCAUCUGCUGGAGUUGUAUGGCACAAUGCCAGAGACAAAGACUGUGGUGCAGCGCAGCUCGUUGAACGAGCACAAGAAACCGGCGACAACAUUUGGCAAUAAUGAUGACGAUGACAAUUUGACAAUUGCACCGACGCCAUUGCCACAGCAUCGCGAUAUGCAUUUGCUGGAUGGUGUGCCACAGGAGCGCACGCGACUGAUUGUCUUUGGCGUGGCCAAGAUACACAAGACGCGACUGCUGGCAACGCUCUCCGGAUUGAAGCUGGAGUCGGAGAUUACUACACUAAACAGCACAGCGACAUGGCGCAAAAAGGCACGUCCGGUGUCGUUGGAAUGCUCGCUCACUGGGCAGGUGGGACGUGCCAUGAUUGUGCUACUCGAGGGCGUGGCUCCCAGUCAGCAAACUGUUGUUAAGGUGACUGUGGGCAAGAGUCAGACGCUCUAUUCGAGUCUCUCGAAGCGUGGCAAGGACAAGAACAGCGGCCUGCUUUCCAUAGGGGCUGUCAACAUUGAUAUACCCCAACAUCCGGUGGCAUUGCACGGCAUGAUGACUCGUAGUUCGAAGCAACUGUCUUCCACACUGCAAGAAUUGAGAGUAAAAAGGAAUUCGGGACGUUCCACGCUGCGUUCGCACACAGCCGAGGAACCCGAGUCGCCUUUCCAUGCGCGUAACUCGGGUGGCGCAGGCAGCGGCGUCGGCACAGCGAGUGAGAUGAGAGAGCGCACAGUUUCUGGCGGCGCACAGCAACAGCCGCAAAUGGCAGCGAGAAGAGCAGCUCGUUUGGCGCAAACCAAGCCAGCAACUGCGAAUCAAAAUGGUUUGCUGCAGCCGCUGGUGAUGCAGUUCAAUGUGCUGCUCCAAAGUUUAUCCAUUAAUGCAGCGCUGUUGCCUUCGCUGCAGGCGCAGUAUCGCAUGAAUCACGUCAGCUCCAUGGGAGUGACAGGACAGCGAGCCAAGUUUGUGAUUGAUUUGCCCACGCAUACGCUGAGCUUUAACACCAAGAUACAGAAUGAAAUGAACCUGCCUUCGGAGGCUUGCAUUGGACUGCCGCCAGUGCAUGUGCUUGCAGAGUAUAUUCCAGACAAUCGACAGGAGCACACAGAGACCAUUGAGGGCAUUGUGUUGAGACAAGGCGGCUAUGUGAAUGCCAGCGCUGAGAUUGGCGAAUUCGAGCGAUGUCUGACCACCGAUCUGCUCAAUCAUUUGGUGUUUGUGCAAAAGGUUUUCAUGCGUGAGAUCAACGAGGUGCUGCAAAAGGUUUACGGCGGCGAGAAGCCUGUCCCACUUUGGACUGAGGAGAGUGGCGACAGCGCAAGUGUACAGGAGUCUACAUUGAAACGCAUCUUAUUCUCUAUUAACAUAUCGAUGAAACGCAUUCAAUUGACUGCGACCACGCCAUGUUCUUCGGCUGUGCGCUUUGAAACAGGCACACUGGAGUUGCAGCUGUCGAAUCGUGUCAAGAAUUUGGGUGAUUUGAGCAAUCGAAAGCUGUUCUUUAAGGCGCACAUCGAUUUCAAUCUGUCGCUGGGCCAAAUCAUACGCAAUGUGAUCUUUGAUGAGGCCGAGCCGGAGUUCCAGCAAUAUGCCUUUUUCCACACGACCAUCGGUCUGCGUAAUGCCUUCCAGGAUGAGCUGCUCAACGAAGACAAGGAGCUCAUAUUGCUGACGCUCAAGCGUCCCCUGGUCUACGUACAGCCGAUAGCCGUGGACAAGGCCAUAUUGGUCUGGCUGAACUACAAGAACGCCUACGAAUAUUGGGCCGAGAAGCGUGCCAAUCUUUGCUAUGAUCACACGCCUCACACCACACAGCAGGUGUUUGAUCGCGUGGCCUUUGGACAGAUUGCCAGCUCUAAUUUGUCGACGCUUUUCCUGCAGUUAACUGUGGAGGAUAUGGGCAUUUGUUUGCCACUCAAACAGGUCAAUACUGUGUCCUAUGGCUCGCGUUCGUAUCAUCAAGACUUUGAUGCCAAGGGCGCUGUGGUCAUCACGCUUGAGAACACCAUCAUAUCGGCUUGUAAUUCAGGCUCUCUUGUGUCCAAGGGCAAGUUUCAGGGCUUGUGUCUGCGCUUUGCGGAUGACUUCGAAACCAAUCUGGACGAUUGGAAGCCCAGCAGCGUGGAGCCCAUUAUGAAUGUGUGCGUUGUCUCGGAGGGCACCUUUGAGGUCUGCUCGCGUACGACGGCAGCCAAGAAGGGCGAGAAUGCCAAGUGGCUGUUGAAUGUCAAGUGGCAAAUGGAAGGUGUCGACAUUCAUUUGGAUGUGAACAUUGGCAAACAGUUGUCCUCGCUUGGACACACGCUCACCAUGCUCACGGGCUUCGAGGAGGACGAAACGCAAAUGGAAUCUCCCGAUAGUGAUGAGGGUGAUCAGAGCUGCCGUGAUACGUAUGUGCGACGACGUGGCGAGUUUGACAAUCUGCCUGCGUUUGUGUUUGACCCAACAAUCGAUUCGAAGAAGCGUUCGUUUAUGAUGGAGAAGGAGAUGGCCGAGCAGCUAAAGAUCAUCAAUGAUCUGCGCACUUUGGGUGCCUCACACAACACGGUGGCACAUGAGGAGCGCCGACUGCAAGAGCUGCAGGCGGUGUGCUACAAAUACUUCCGCCGCGACAUGAUCCAGAAGUGGAAGCGACCCUCGCUGCGACGUUCGCUGAAGAACUACAGUCGCUCCCAUUCGUACAUUGGAAGUGGAGGCGUUGCUGGCGUCUCUGGUGUGGCAGUUGGCAUGACAGCGCGUGAGCUGCCACUGGACAAUGGCAACCAUGGCUAUGCGGGACGACGCCUGGACACCAUUGCCUCCAACGAUGAGAUCUCCAGUCUGCAGAGCACGCCAGCUUCAUGUCAUUCACGCAGUGCUUCGCUGAAGACUGGAGUGGGAAGAGUAACCUUCACAGAUGCCAUGCGACAGACUUCGCUGCCCAAUGCAGACACAGACACCGAGACAGCAGACAAUGAACUGGAUUGGCGUGCGGCUGGUGGUCAUGGCGAUUGCACGCCCAGUGAAAUCGAUGUGGAUGGCACUUCCGUGGAGAUGCGAAGGAAGCAUGCGCAUGCUCUGAAACAGCAACCGGAGCCAAACAUUGACUUUGAGCUGGAUGUUAAAGUGCUGGUCAAUUCGGGCAAGUGUGUGCUGCACACCAAGGAGAACAACAGUGGCGAGGAGCGCGCUGGUUACACUGGAGCCUCGGGAGCAGCUGCUUCGAGUGUGAAGUCUCACAAGCGAGAGCGCAGCAUUGGCAACGAUUGGGGCAGUCCAACGCCAUCGAGAAGGCAGCGCGACAAGAGCAAGUUGCGUUACAAUGCCAAUGCUCACAAUAAUGCUUUGCUUGCUGAUUUGACUAUCUUCCACAUCCCCGGACUCGAUGUCAAGCUACACUAUCAAUCGCGGACGCUGCCAGAGCCGCAGGAACUGCAGCACACGCCUUUAACCGGAGGAUCCGCGACUUCGUUUGGACACAUGCGACGCUUGGGCAACAAGCGAGCAACGUUGAGCGCUUGGAUGACUCUGCAAAGCAUUCCCGAGGAGACAAUCAUAUCGCCGCAUAUCCUCGAGUUCCUCGAGCAAACCCUUGAACCGAUUCCUACGCGUCAGGCGAACAACAACAGCGUGCCGGUGACGCCUUCGCAUCAGGCUGCAGUUAAUCUGGACAUUUUGCCAGCCAACUAUGCAACUUACGCCUCGUUCCCAGUGGAUGUCAUAGUUUACUUCCACAUGCAGCCAUCGACGUUCCGCUUUAGCUGUUUGCCUGUCUCGCGUGUCGAGUGUAUGCUACAAUUGCCCAGUCUGGACAUUGUAUUCAGCUCCAAGCGCAGCGGCGAUGAGGAGCAACAACAACAACAGCAGCAGCACAAUUCACAAUCGCAUGCUGAGCAACCGCUGCCAACUGGUGGAUUGAGUGUCACCGGUUGCUUGGCGGACUUUAAUGUAUACAUCUUCCAUCCAUAUGGUGGCAAGAAGACCUCCAAGGAGACACAGUUCUCGCCACUGAGCGACAGCGAGCGCAAGGAUUCACUCAGCAUCAAUGUGGAGUUUGUCAAGUUUCACAUUACACGCUGUCGCAAAGUGUACAUCGAACCUUUGCCUAGUUCAAAGCGUGCGCUGGAUCAAUCUCGUGCUGUCAUACGCUUCUCUACGAUUGUGGACAUUGGUAGCGCCAGCUUCAAGUACGAUAUGCGUCGCUUGACUGAGAUCUUGGCCUUCCCCAAGGCCUGGUACCGACGUCGCAUUGUGCGGCGUCUCUUCCUCGGUGACUUGAGUGUGCAUCAGCAGCAACAACAACAGCAGCAGCAGUCGGGCUGUGAGACUCCCACUGGAGUGCCACCAGCCACGCCCACACCCAGCGAGGGACGCAGCAAGGACAAACUGCGUCUGGACUUUGACAAUCAGCCACAGUCAGCUACGCCGCCAGCGAUGCAACCACUGGGACACUAUGGCGCUGUGCGUAAGCUCAAAUCGUUGGGCAAAUCCUCGAGUGCAGAGUCGUCGGGCACGCCGCCGUCGGAGAAGAAUCAGAUCACCGCCUGGGAGACUCUGGUCAUCUUUGCCGUCAACUUUACCAAGCUGAAUGUGCAGAUGAACAUUGGCAACGUUUGUGGCAAUGUCGUCUGGCUGACCAAAGACUUUCGCUCCGACGGACGACUCUCGAUCGGCAGCACGGGCUACAAGAAUAUGUAUGCUGGCAUUUAUCUGGGCGGUUCGGCGCUGGAUGCAAAGGGUGGCAUUGUGGGCGGCAGCUUCGAGGUGAACAAGAUCAACAAACGCUUCCACAUCAAGGAGGAAGCGGGCAUGGAACCGUAUCACACGUUGGGCCUGAGCUUCAUGGCGCUGGAGCUGCGUCUCGAUUACAUGGGCACCUCGGUGCUGAUGACUCGCAUUAGCACAUUUGCUGCCGCCAUGAAGGAUGAGUGGCGCACAGCUGCUCAAGCUGCGGCAUGUGGCAAGGAUCAGCCACGUGCGUUAAUCUUUAUACACGGUGAUCUGAGCUGGGAUCAGCUGCAGAUCAUGAUAUCCAAGUCGACGACGGCGGAUCUUAUGAAGAUGUACUUCAAACUCGAAGAGUUCUUCACGCAGCAGUUCAAGUCAUCGAAGCGUGUCUUCUCCAGCCUUGAACCCCGUCUGCAGGAUCGCACUGCGAGCAUCAAGCGGCGACAGCAGCUCAAGAAGAAACCGAACGGAGAGCUGCCAACAGCUGCUGGAGCGGGAACUGCAGCAACGGGCGCCACAGUGGGCAACAUCUACGGUGUGGACAACACGGAUGCACGGCAUCAUCGGCACUGGCAGAAGCCGCUGGCCCAGGCCAUUGGAUUGGUGGUUCCAUCGCUAGUCACGCGGCUGCCACGCCAUGGAAACGUACUUGGCGGCACCGUGGAGCUGCGUGGCCAGAAUAUCUCGUUGGCCUGCUUCCAUGGCAUCAACUUCAAGUCGAAGGCGUGGGCGUUGUUCAGCUUGAAGUCGCCUUCGAUUAACUUUGCCACCGAGGCGCGACAGUUGGAGGACACCAGCGAAGUGCUCGUCACCCAAACAUUGACUUCUUGCUUGGGUCAGACCACAGAGGUGCAGCAGCAGCAGAAUCAUUCGAUGGCCAUCGUCAGUCGCAUCACUCGCAACAUAAUCUUUCCGCCACAGUUCAAAACACUCAACGAGUGGUUCCAUUAUGCGUUUGCCAACAGCGAAAUCGAUGCUGUCGAUCGCUUCCCCAUGCUGGAGUGCGAGCGAGAGAUUGCCUCCAAUUCCAUUGAGCGCACGCGGGCCUCGGGCAGCAGCAGCGCCGCCAAAUCGCAGGAGCAUAAUCAUAAUCGUGAAGUCAUCUUCGCGCUGCCCAGCCUGCAGCUGCACUUCAAGACGGAGCACAAGCAGGGACCAACAACACCAGAACCAAGUGGUAAACUAACACUUUAUAAGUCACAACAUAGUUUACUUACUUUGCUUUUAUUAACAGAAUCAAAGCCCGAAGUAUUGUGCAGUUUCAUCACCGAAUUCGAUGAUCACAUAUUUGUCACAGUGGAUGCGGAUGCCUUCUUCUUUCUGCAUGAUUUGAUCACUUCCUAUGUCACGGAGAAGGAGAAAGUGCUGGGCGCACAGUCGGCACGUGCAGCCUCGCCAAAUCUAUCACAGAAGACGAACCUCAAGCCCUAUUUAACGGACGACCUGCUGAAGGAGAAGAAGAGUGCCUCCAACACGAACCUGACGGUGCAGGGCACACAGAUGAGUGGCAGCAAGAGCAGCCUGGAGCCGCUGCAGGGCGGCAGUCACACGAGUUUGGCCAACGCGACGAAUAGUGGGACAACGACGACAACCAUGACGACAGGAACAACAAUAGCAAAUACAUCGACAACAACGACAACAGCAUCAGCGACGACGGCAACGACGCCGUCAACGAGCACAGCAAAUACGACCGCAGGCGAUGUGAAGGAUGGUGGAGCACAGGCGAAAGCAGGAGCAGGAGCAGAUGGAACCGCGCAGUUGCCCAGCUUUGAUAUCGAAUCAUUUGUGCGAGAUUGGCGGCACUUUGAGUGCCAAACGUGGCAUCUGGAGCCGACAGUGCGACUGCUUUCAUGGGCUGGCAAGUCCAUCGAACCGUAUGGAGUGGAUUACAUACUGAACAAGCUGGGCUUCAGUCAUGCACGCACCACGAUUCCCAAGUGGUUGCAGCGCGGCUUCAUGGAUCCGCUGGACAAGGUGGAGGCGCUCAUUAUGUUGCAACUUCUGCUGAUGGUGCGUGAGAAUAAAUCAGAUCCAGGAAACUCAAAGCAGCAGCAACAGAAUCAUCGACCUUCGGCCAAUUAGGAGAGCAGUGACAAUUAACAAUUCAAAGAGAGAUAUUCGAGGGAUUUGAAUGUGUUUAUUAAUUAGUUGUAAUCAGCAAUUGUAUAGCAAAAAGUUUCAAGUGUAAUUUAUUAAUUGCGUAAUUUUUCGAUCCGAUUCAAUUACUUGUGAGAAUGUUUAAUGAUAUAUAGUCAAGAUACUCGUAUUAAUAUAUAAUUAUUAGCCACUUCGGCAGCUUUGUUGUAAUUGUAAUUGUAAUUGUACAUUUUGUAAUUGUUUGCUCGCGUUUACUAUUGUUUUGAAACGAAUGAAUGGAUGGAUCGUAUACAAUUUGUUUUUUUGGAUAUUUAAGUGUAAAGUCAAGUGCUUCAUGUAAUUUGCUCAAUUUUUAGCGCUUUGUAAUUAUUAUUAUUAAUAUUAUUAUAUCGUUUGUAAACAAAAAGAGAGAGAUUGUGCAAACCCAUGAGCAAAGCCAAUGUUUAAACUAUAAGUAGCUCUAAUUGAUAUACAAACACACAUUAUACAUAUGCAAGCAGCAAACUGUGUAAGUUUCUAAAUAGAUAAUAAUAAAGUGAACUUUUCAAAGUGCAUACUUACCAUAAGCAAA